GACGUCUGGCCAGAGACCACACCUCGAAAAGCCUGUCAACGUCACUACAUUAGAGUCGCUUGCUCCCCACAAGCAACACUAGCUAGCAGCUCUGCCAUGGCGGACUUUGCGCCGAACUGGGCCACGAAGGCGGGGCUCAGCCUGCUCACCGUCAACUCGGCGUUCGCCAUCUACCGCUCCGGGGGCGACCUCGCCUCCGUCCUCUUCAUCUCAGGCUCGUACCUCGCCCUGCUCCUCCUCUUCCGCCGCCUCCGCGAAUACGAGCACGCGCCGCCGGGGUCCCCGGCCAGGGAGCGGGCGAGGCGCGCCGUGUGGCCGCUCACCGCGCUGCUCACGCUGGGGUUCGCCUGGAAGGUCGCCGCGGUCAUGCCCUCGCCCGCCGCGGCCGCCGUCGUGUGGGGCCUGGCCGUCGCCACCACCGCCGGAGGCUUCUUCGCUCUGAUGGCCCCGGGCUGAGAAGAUCGAUCGACUCCCGUGCUUCCGCCGCCGUCCAGCGCAGCGGUUAAUUUCCUCUGCUCAGCCGCCGCCGUCGGCUAUGGAUGUGCUAGCUACCUGAUAUGUACAGCGGAGAGCUUGGGAUGUGUGUAUGUAGUUGUGUAUGCUACUAGGUGUCUGGUACUGCCUUUGGCUUCCUCCCUUCUCCUACCUGUUCGCUGUGUUGGUGCUGGAGACUGCUGCUGGAAUGGUGUUAAAAAAACACUGCUGGUUAGUUGGUGGCUGGAGGCUGCGGCUGGAGUUAUAUGAGAGGAAAAUACUAUUAUCUGUUAGUUGGUGCUAGAGCAGAACAAGUAGACAGUAGAGUAUUCCGUCUAGUGUUUUUUCUCCUCCACUUCUAGUUGGGUGUUUCUUUUUCCCUGGACGUGAUUGCCCCCCCUACUAGUAUUUGCAGCUCUGUUUGUGUAUUAUAUUCUGCCCUGCUUGUAAAUUUCUGUGACAUCAGCGGUGCAAUAAAACGACUUUGCUGCCUAUAAA